CGUAAACAACGACAGAGGGAUGUAAAACCUAAUCUUAGCAAAAUAUAUUUACAACGUUUUUGUUCUUCUUCGGUGGUUUGACGUAGGGCUUUUGCUGUCAAAUGUGACUUUCGUUUGUUAUUGGUUUGACCCGGAAGUACUUAAGGAUUCAGGGCGUGUUUGAGAAAUGUGUUCUUGUAUGUUGGGUGAUAUAUGUUGGGAUUUAGUGCUGCUGUAGGUGUGCAUGAUGGCAUCUUUACUAUAAGGACCCUGAGGUUGUGGAGUCAUGGUGGGCUAUGACCCUGGGGCUCAGGGGGCAACUCUGACCCCAGAGGAGGCAGCCCUGGCUGGGUCAGCUGCUGGGAUGGUCACCAGAGCCAUUAUCAGCCCGUUUGAUGUCAUUAAAAUCAGAUUUCAGCUACAGAUUGAGCGAGUGUCCUCACACAGACCUGAAGGAAAGUACUGGGGGUUAUUUCAGGCGAGUCGCUGCAUUUAUACAGAGGAGGGUCUGUCUGCUUUCUGGAAGGGCCACGUCCCUGCACAGCUGCUCUCUAUCUGCUUUGGGGCUGUACAGUUCACCAGUUUUGAGUGUCUGACUGAGGUGAUCCACAAGACAACACCAUAUGACAGCCAGACGGCAGGAGUACACUUUGUGUGUGGCGGUCUUGCUGCCUGUUCUGCCACAGUCGUCUGUCAGCCUCUGGACACUCUGCGCACACGCUUCGCUGCUCAGGGAGAACCCAAGGUUUACCGGAACCUGCGACAUGCCCUGUCCACAAUGUGCAGAUCAGAGGGGUUGCUGACGUUUUAUCGGGGCCUCUCUCCAACACUCAUGGCUGUGUUUCCUUACGCUGGCCUGCAGUUCUUUUUCUAUAACGUCUUUAAAAACUUGUUAGCACCGCCUCCCAAACAAAAAAACUCAGGAGGAAACCUGAGAAGCCUGGUAUGUGGCAGUGGAGCUGGAAUGAUUAGCAAAACAAUCACAUACCCCUUUGACCUCUUCAAGAAACGAUUGCAGGUGGGCGGCUUUGAAGAGGCCAGGGUUCGGUUUGGACAGGUGCGUAGCUACAGAGGCCUGUUGGACUGCAUGGUUCAGAUAGCCAAAGAGGAGGGUGUCCGAGGCUUCUUCAAAGGCCUCUCACCCAGCCUUGUGAAGGCUGCACUGUCAACAGGCUUCACCUUUUUUUGGUAUGAGUUUUUCCUCACUGUCAUACGUGACCUCAAAGAGAGACAGAGAAAUGGUCCAAACAGAUAAUGAAAUUAAAGGACUGAAAGUGACAUAAUCACGCACAUUGUUGUUUGCUUGCACUUGGACAAAUUUUAUCUACAGGGUGAAUGUUUGGUGGAGGUUUCUACAGUGUUUACUUGUAAAAAAAAACCCAAAUUUAACCAUAAGUAUUUAUUUUUUUUAUGUCAUUAGAUUAAUUUUUUUCUUACAAUUGUUUAAAAUUCUAGUUCUGGUUUUAAACCAUAUACAUACUUGCUUUUGAAGGGAAAAAAAAUGUUAUUUAAACACAAUUGGUUACAUUUUAAGCUCUGAUGUCUAAUCUCCGAACGGGUCAUAGAGUAUCUUUUUCAUUACAGUUUUCCAUUUUCCAUGUUCUUUGCAUAUUAUGGUGUGUGUAUUUUAGGGUAUAUUGGGUAAUAUGUCCAAAAACAAGAAUCUCCAAUUUUUUCAUGUCAUGGACAAUUGAUUUAAUUCAUUUUCUUUCUAUUUACAUGAACUCAAGACAAAACAUGAUUCAGAAAGUCAUUUUCUACUGAAACUAUAUAUCAAAUAACAGAACAAAGCACUUGUGAAGAUGCUAAUGUCUUAUUUGUGAAAAAUAAAGCACUCUAGCCUUAAUAAAUAUAUAAUAACAUACAUACAGAUUGCAUAUUGUUGAGAAAAAUAAGUGUUCAGAGCGAUGUGAGCAUUUUUCAUGAUUUUUUUGAGAAAUAAUACAACUAAUUUGAUAUUUUGCCCAGGUCUAGUGUAUUCUGAAUGCACUGCUUAUUGGAUUUUAUUUUCAGGGUACACUUGUGACUGUCGGUCCAACAGUGUAACAUUUAGGUCAAAAUUUGUCAAAUAAAAGUUGAACUUUUAUUUAG